AAAAGGAGGCAAAAUCUUCCUCCGGUCAGACGCCACUACACCUGGCUGCCAAAGGAGGGCACGAGGACGUCGUCAAAGCGCUCGUUGACAUGGGGGCCGACAAGGAGGCAAAAUCUUCCUCCGGUCAGACGCCGCUACACCUGGCUGCCAAGUCCUUGUCCUUAUGCGAGGAGGUCGUCAGGGUGCUUAUUAAUAUAGGUGCCGACAAGGAGGCGAAGGACGAAGACUAUCAGACGCCGCUACACCUGGCCGCCAAGACGGGGCUUUGGGUUAUUGUUAGGGCGCUUAUCGAGCACGGCGCUGACAAGGAGGCGAAAGACAGCAACGACCAGACGCCGCUCCAACUUGCCAACGCGAAACAGCACGUGGCCGUCGUGCAGCUACUUAGUUCGAAACCGUAGCGUGGUUUAUUCUUUUCGUUGUCUUUAAUUCCUUUUCUAUUUUCCCAUCAUAACAUGACACGGGAGGAGGGAGGACAUUGAACGGAGUGUUGACUCUUCCGUCUUGCGUCAUGAGCUCUAUAGGCGUAGAGACCAGACUUGUUAACAAUCAAUCAAUCAAUCAAUCAAUCAAUCAAUCAAUCAAUCAGUCCGGAGGCUCUCGGACU